CAAUGCUGAAAAGGAUGAGCACGAAGAAAGGGCUGGAAUUUCUGCGGGCUGUUUCGAACUACAUGACGAAAACCAAUGGCUACGAUCGGUGUUUACAGCAGCUAAAAAUCGUGAGCGGUGGCGACGGAAAGUGCACGGCCGAGUUUAAAGUGGCCGAGGAACAGCUGAAUCGGGCCGGCGGUUUACACGGUGGCUUCACCGCUACCAUUGUGGAUGUCGUCACCACCUACGCUCUGAUGACCAAGGAAAAUUGCCUGCCGGGAGUGUCGGUUGAUAUCCACGUGACUUACCUGAAGGCAGCCCGGGAAGGUGAUGAAGUGGUCAUCGAUGCCAACACGAUCCGGGCCGGUAAAAAUCUGGCCUUUUUGGAGUGCGAACUGAGGCACAAGAAGGACAACUCGAUCAUCGCCAGGGGACAGCACACCAAGUACAUUGGAACCGGAGGUGGGAAGCAGAAGGAAUAGGCUUUCUUUCAUCAUGGAUCCAUAGAAAUAAAUAGACUCACACCGGAAAAGGUAAUUCGAAAA